AAAGAAAAAUCCAUUAAUUAGUGUAUUAAUUAGUCAAUUAAUUAAAUUAGUAACUGUGUUUUAAGUCCACACUUCUAAGUUAGACUCAACUUAACUCGUUCCUUCAACCAUUGGCUUCAUUUUCCACUUCCCACUUCUAACUUCACAUUUUUCAGUUUCACUCACUUCAACACUCUCUUUUUCUGUUCCGUUCUUUGCCGUUGGAAAAACCAAAACCCUAACACCUUCGCACUUCCACAUUGUUGCCACGUCACGCGCCACCACUCACCAGAUCUAUAACCAACCGGUUCAAGCCAUGUGUGACUAGCUUCUUCGCUAAUAUGUCUAAUUCCGAUUCCGAUCCCAGCAACCGCCACCGUCAUGGUUCUUGGCCACCGCCGACUGAUGCUAAACCAAUUCCACCUGCUUCUUGGGCAAAGAAAACUGGUUUCAAGCCUAAAUUCUCCGGCGAGACUAAUACUAGUGAUUCCGGUCAGAUAAUAAACCAUUUCCCUCCUAAGGUUAGAGAACCUGAACCGCAACCGCAACUGGAUCUUGAAGCCGGUCUUGUUCGUAAACCGGCAAACGGCGUUGCUCAGAGCAACAAUGUUACCAUUCCGGUAUCGGUUCCGGUUGUUAAAGACCAAACGGUGAAGAAACGGAGGGAUUCUGAUGGUGUUCCGAGUACUAACGGUCAGGGAAAUCCAGCUCCGGCAACGGACCAGCCUCCGCAGGUGCGGAGAACGGCGAGGCAUGAAGAAGUGGUUGAUGGUUUGGUUGUGGAUGAUGAAGGGUUAGCGUCUAGGCACCCUCAUAUGAAGUAUGAGCUCAGAGAUUCUCCUGGUUUAGUUCCCAUUAGUGUGUAUGGUAUUCAGCAUUACGUUUCGAUGUUAGGUUCAUUGAUUCUCAUUCCACUUGUCAUUGUUCCUGCAAUGGGAGGUUCUCAUGAGGAAACUGCUAAGGUGGUAUCAACAGUGCUCCUUGUAUCGGGGUUGACUACUCUGUUGCAUAUUAAUUUUGGGUCUAGGUUGCCCUUGAUACAAGGCCCUUCUUUCGUUUACUUGGCGCCGGCUCUGGCAUUAAUAAACUCCCCAGAGUUACAAGCAUUAAAUGGAAACAAAUUCCAGCAUAUAAUGAGGGAGCUUCAGGGGGCUAUAAUUAUUGGAUCUGCUUUUCAAGCUUUCCUCGGAUAUACUGGACUUAUGUCACUCUUAAUAGGGGUGAUCAAUCCUGUAGUUGUAUCCCCAACUAUUGCUGCAGUUGGACUUUCAUUUUUCAGUUACGGAUUCCCAUUAGUUGGUACAUGUCUUGAGAUCGGAGCAGUACAGAUAUUAGUGGUUAUUGUUUUUUCUCUUUAUCUUCGUAAGAUAUCUGUUCUUGGACAUCGCAUAUUUCUAAUCUAUGCAAUUCCUCUUGGUCUAGCAAUUACAUGGGCAUAUGCUUUCUUGCUUACUGAAGCAGGAAUUUACAGCUACCAAGGGUGUGAUGUAAAUAUACCUGCAUCAAAUAUGCUUUCAGAGCAUUGCAGAAAGCAUUUUUCUAGGAUGAAGCAUUGUCGGGUUGAUACUUCUCAGGCAUUGAAAUCCUCUCCAUGGUUUAGAUUUCCCUAUCCAUUACAAUGGGGUACUCCUGUCUUUCACUGGAAAAUGGCUUUUGUAAUGUGUGUGGUUUCGUUAAUCACAUCCGUGGAUUCGGUUGGCUCAUACCAUGCAUCUUCUCUAUUGGUAGCAUCAAGACCUCCAACUCCUGGAGUUCUUAGUCGAGGAAUUGGUUUGGAAGGUCUUUCUAGUGUCUUGGCUGGUCUCUGGGGAACUGGAACUGGGUCUACAACUUUAACUGAAAAUGUUCAUACAAUUGCUGUGACUAAAAUGGGAAGCCGUCUGGCUGUUCAACUGGGCGCAUGCUUUCUGAUAUUGUUGUCUGUCAUAGGUAAGGUUGGAGGGUUCAUUGCUUCAAUUCCUGGAGUUAUGGUUGCUGGUCUGCUCUGCUUUAUGUGGGCAAUGCUCACAGCUUGGGGCUUGUCAAAUCUACGCUAUAGUGAGGCUGGAAGCUCCCGCAAUAUCAUUAUAGUUGGGUUAUCAUUGUUUUUCUCUCUUUCUGUACCGGCCUACUUUCAACAAUACGGCAUCUCUCCGAAUUCCAAUGUGUCCGUGCCAAGUUAUUUUCAGCCCUACAUUGUUGCUUCCCAUGGGCCUUUCCACGUGAAAUAUGGAGGGUUGAACUAUGUCUUGAACACACUUUGUUCACUACACAUGGUGAUUGCAUUUCUUGUUGCUGUUAUCCUGGAUAAUACUGUACCUGGCAGUCAGCAGGAGCGAGGGGUAUAUGUUUGGUCCGAACCUGAGGUGGCCAGAAGGGAGCCUGCUGUUGCUAAAGAUUAUGAGUUGCCCUGGAGAGUUGGUCGGAUUUUCAGGUGGGUGAAGUGGGUUGGCCUGUGAAAGAUUGGGUUUUUUAUGGUUACAUUUUUCAUAUUUAUUAAAUUUUCAUGGGGGCACCAUGUAUUUCACAUGUCUCGGGCUCAACGAUGGAUAGUAAUAGGUCAUGUUACAUAGUAAAUUUUGUAUACAUUUUAGGGGGAAGUGGUGGGUGGAGGAGAUUCGUAGGGGUCUAUAUGUGCUGUAAUUUAUUUAGAUUAAUCAUGUAUCUAGUUCCAAUUCAUUCAAAAUCUCCAGCUGAAUUUUCUCUCCCUACCUCUAAGGCUAGGUUUGACAAACAUUUUGAAUGUACAUAUAUAUCCUUUUUCUUA